AUGGUUGCAAUCGCCCCAGCAGCAGCGGCGGCGAGCACGCUGACCAUUCCGGUUUUCUACCAGCCGCUUAUCGACCAACAAGUUGUCGCCAACAUCUCCUGGGGAACACCCGCCCAGUCACCAAUCCCUACUGUUAUCGACACAGGAAGCUACGGCUUCUGGGUUGAUGGGCCGAAUGCAACCGUCAAUUCUGGAUCUCCCUACCUCGGCGUGCUUGGCCCCUGCAACCAAACGGUCGAGCCCGCCUUCAACUGGCCCGAAUCCAGCACACACACCGGCCCUUACACUGAGGGCAAGGCGACCUAUGCGUAUGGUGGUGCCGGUAAGAUCAUCACCUGCCCGUACGCCGUCAACGACACCAUGAACUUUGACGGCUCCGCAUCCAUCGAAAACGUCCAGGUUGCCAUUGCCGACUUCACCCUCAUCAAGGCCCGCGGCACGACUUGCGACGGCGCCCACUACGACAAGAGCAUCCUUGGCUUGGCUCCCAUCCCAUCCACCGGAGGCGGGCCAGAGUUCCGUCCUGAGCUCCUCCGACAGGGCCGCAUCGGCAGCUCCGUCUUCUCCAUGUGGUUCGACGCUCCACCCGCCGACCUCAACGCGCCGCAGAUGGGCAGGCUGCUGCUGGGCGAUGUGCCGCAGGACAAGCACACGGGGGAGCUGGUUACGGUGCACAACGCCGGUCUCGACCGCCAAGAAAAGGGCUACUACUACGUCACUAUGCCCGAGGUGCGCGCCGCGGCCGUCAACGGCUCCGGUCCGGCCCAGACCAUCCCCAUCGAGCAGCCCGACAAGCCGGCGCCCGACUGCCUCGUGGACUCGGGAACCUGGGGCCUCACGUUGCCGACGUCCAGCGACGCCUUCUUCGCCGCCACGGGCCUCGAGGAGGACAAGCCCUUCAUCGUGCCGCGGUACCCGAGCGCCUGCGCCGACAUCCCCGCGGACGCUGGCAUCGAGCUCGUCUUCCCCGACCGCGACGGCAAGAAGAAUGCGACCGUCAAAAUCCCCUACCGCAGCAUGGCUGAGACGGUCGGCCAGGUCCCCAACACCUGCCGCCUGAACGUGCAGCUGGGCGAUGUCGGCUGCACUUUUGGCGGCACCUUUUACGCGUCGGCGUUUAUUGCUCACAACGACGACGAGGGCACGCUGCAGAUCGCCCAGGGUGCUGUCGCUGGUUCAGUCUAG